GCCGGGCCAGGCCUGAGGAGGCGGCGAAGCCCCGGGACGGGCCCGGGAGCAGCGGGAAAAACGGGAAAAAAAACGGGAAAAAAGCGGGGAAAAAAGCGGGAAAAGCGGGAUAAUCGGGAUCAGCACAGCGCCCACCCCACCGCAGUUAUGGUGUUUUACUUCACCUCCAACGCCGCUCCCGCCGCCUACACCAUCUACAUGGGCAAGGACAAGUACGAGAACGAGGACCUGAUCAAGUACGGCUGGCCCGAGGACGUCUGGUUCCACGUGGACAAGCUCUCCUCAGCCCACGUCUACCUGCGCCUGCACAAGGGCCAGACCAUGGAUGACAUUCCCAAGGAAGUUCUGAGCGACUGCGCCCACCUGGUGAAGGCCAACAGCAUCCAAGGCUGCAAGCUGAGCUCGGUGUCGGUUGUUUACACCCCCUGGAGCAACCUGCGGAAAACUCCGGACAUGGACGUGGGGCAGAUCGGAUUCCACCGGCACAAGGACGUGCGCUCGGUGACGGUGGAGCGGCGGCCGUCGGAGCAGCUGCGGCGCCUGGAGCGGACGCGCGUGGAGCGAUUCCCGGACCUGGCGGCCGAGCGGGAAUGUCGGGAUCGGGAGGAGCGCGGGCGGCGCCGGCAGCAGCUGCAGGAGCUGCGGCGGGAACAGCGCGAGGAACAGCGCCGGAAACGGGAGAUGGACGAGCUCAGGAGCUACAGCUCGCUGAUGAAAACGGAGAACAUGAGCUCCAACCAGGAUGGGAACGACUCCGACGAUUUCAUGUGAGGAUCCCGGAGCCGCGGAAUUCCCGGGAAAACGAACUCCGGCUCCGGGAACGCUCCGGGAGAACGGGAGGGAAUUCCCGGGAAUUCCCGGGGGAGCCAACAAAGCCUUGGAUCUGCA